ACCACUCAUCCAUACCACUGGCACAUGCACUGACACUCUGGUAAUAAGCCACACUUCGGAGAUAUCAACGCAUGAUUUGGCUAUUCAGGAUAACUCUGACACUGACGUGUGUAUUACAAAGCCACUGCAACCUCAAUUCCAAAACCCUGGUUUCUAUUGGGAAGUUGGCUUUGCAUAACACGGAGAUGAUACAGGAAUAAAAAUGUAUAUAAAAACUUCAUAAUUAUUUUAUUCCUGUGUGGAGGGGUUUGUUAUACAUGAAUGAUGAUGUUUUGCUUUAAGCAUUUACUCGCCAGCUGAAAGCGUAUGCAUCCGAUUCACCUACCAGAUCGUCAUCCUUCUAAUCGUAAUGGAUACAAAUGCCUUCUUUGUGUUAAAACUUUUUGUUCUUGGAGUAUGUGUAAACAUCUUGAUGACAAGUGGGCUUUCAGCAAUGGAAGAUAAACGACAAAAGAAUCAAAAAACAGAUGUAAUCAUAUGCAAUGAAACUGCCCUGAUGUUGGACAUGUCGAUAUGUGAAGACGUCUUUAAGAGGGAUAUGGACCUCGUAGAUCCAAAGAACUGGUGUAACUUGACAUAUUAUAUCAAAGAAUACAACACAUUUUCCACCUGUACUGAGAAAAACUCUGAGAGAAUAGGUUGCUUCUGGCCAAAUCCAUUCGUCGAGAGCUUCAUUAUCAGCCUCCACAAACACUUUUUCUCAAACUGUACUUUGGACCAAGUGAUUUGGGAAGAUCCCCCAGACAACAUGCUCACCAUCCUCAUUGUAAUUCCAGUGCUCCUGACGGUUGUCAUGAUAGCCCUGGUGGUGUGGUGCAGUAAACGCAACGACAUCCUGGUGUAAUUCAGACUGCUAGAGACUAGGGCUUUAUUUGCAUGUUCAAAAAGUGAAAGGACACACUUCUCUCCAAAUCAUUUCUAAUUUUAAUUGUAUUUAAUUGGUUGCUUCUCCAGCACCAUCUGAAUUUAUUUGAAUUUGAUCCAAAAAAAGUCAGACAAUUACAAGAAUAAGGCCAGAGGUCUACAAAGCUAAGUCUCUGAAAAUCUUAGGACUAUGUAGAUUCACUUUGGCUGUGAAUGGUCUGCCUAGAAGUUGAUACAUAUGUUGAAAGAAUACUGACAUGCUGGAUAUAUAAAGGGCAUGGUAACCAUUUUAAAGAUAAUGGAGCAGCAUGACCACAUGGGGAAAUUAUCAAUUAAAAUGCUUUUCAUAAUAAGGGGCCAAUAUUCUUGGUGAAAAAAAAUAUACAUUGAAGACAAUGCUGAAAGACAAGCUAUUAAAUUAUUAUUAUGUACUACAGGGACACCAGAGAAUACUGGAAAUAUAAUCCAUAAUCAGUUUCUAAACCUUAAAAUUCAUCUUAGAUUUGCACAAUGAAUGGCAUUUAACAAUAAACAUGCCUUGCAUGAUUUGUUAAUCUUCUAUGUUUUUAAUUAUAGAACUGUGACCCAUUAUGAUGCAAACCCAGUUAACUGGGACAGAACGCCUUUUUCAGGCUGUUAAUAAUUAGUAUGGUGCAUCAUGGGCAUUAGCAAUGGAAAUAGAUUAGUGUUGUUUUAUAAUGUUUUGCUGCAGAUUCAGCCAGAAUACCAGUGAGUCUUAUCAGGAAGUCGACAAGUGGUCAGCAGGUCACAAACAGUACUGUUUGUUAUAGGAGGGGCAUUAAAAUGAUGCCAGGGGCUUAACUGAGGACUACAAUAUUUUUACUAUCUAUCUAUUUAUCAAUUCAUACAGUAUGGUUUGGUACCACAUUUUGAAUAUCUGUAAAUCUUAUAUUCUAGUACAUAAAGAGCAAUCUGGUAACUAAUACAUUUUUCUUUUUUUUUUAGAUUCCUCUUGUAACAUUUUGUUUCACUUAUUGCAUCCUGGUGACUUUAUAAAAUGUAUAAUUUUAAAGCUUCAGUUGAAGUAACGUAUAUGUAAAGAAACACCCAGUGCCGGACAUGUCUGAAUCCAUCAUGGACAUAUCUCU